AUGCCCCCGAAGAAAGUCCUCAUCGUCCUUAGCGACGCCCACUCCUUCCCGAUCAAAAAGACCAGCGGCCCAGAGGCCGGCAAAACAGUCAACCAGCCGUCCGGAUUCUUUCUAAUGGAGCUAGCCAAACCACUGCAGAAAUUCCUCGAUGCUGGACACGAAAUCACCUUCGCGUCGCCCAAGGGCCAAGAACCGGCUCCGGAUCCAAACAGCGAAUCGCUCCUCGCAUUUGCAGGGAACUUCUACGAGAGACGACGCGAGAACGAACUUAUCGAGCGCAUGAAGAAAGAAAAUGGAUUUAGUCGGCCUCGACCAUUCAGCACCAUUAGUGAUGAUGAGUUGGCCACUUUUGCAGGGGUGUUUAUCCCAGGGGGACAUGCACCGCUGAGCGAUCUGGGAGGGGAUGCUGAGCUGGGAAGGAUUUUGCGGUAUUUCAAUAAAGAGAACAAGCCAACUGCGGUGAUUUGUCAUGGGCCGUAUGCGCUGUUGAGCACGAAGAAGGCAGGCGACGGAUCGUUCGUGUAUAAGGGGUACGAGAUCACGUCGUGGAGUGAUGCCGAGGAGAAGAUGAUGGAGACGAUGUGGGGUGGAGAGGUUGAGAAAGUUGAAUCAGCCUUACGCAACGAGGGAGCAAAUAUGGUUGAAGGAACGAAGGAGGUUACUGGUGGUGUGACACUUCACAGAGAGUUGUUAUCGGGUGGCAAUCCGCUGGCUGCCGAGGAGCUUGGAAAUCGGUUCUUGAGAAUGUUGAGUGUAUAA